UUGCCGAUCUUGGAAAUCGGAUUGAAUGACCAAGUCGAUGAAAUUCAAUCGGCGCCAAUUCCUGUUCCAACUUUUUACAAACGCAAAAGGGCAGGCGAAUUGCUGAAAUCAGCGUUUUGUGCCAGACGACUGUCGUCCAGUCCCGAUUUGACGGCUUGUUCCUUCUUGCAUGUCUGCAGUGACCGAAGAGACAAGCAAAAAAAGAUGGCGGGCCAAGCCCACACCGCAUCAAACCAAAACGGUAUGGACCGACAGUUCUCCGAUGAUAACAUCCGUCCCGCUGCCGUCGCCCGAAGCCACACCCCGUCCCCCGCCCACUCUAGUCUUGAGCGCGAUACCCCCGGCGCCAUGGCCGAGGAGCAGGCGGGCAGCGACAGCGGCGGCCGGCGACGGGCCGGGGAUCGGUGGUGGAAAAUUCACUUCUUCCGGGGCAUGAUCAACGACGUGCGCCAGCGCCUGCCCCACUACGCCUCGGACUGGACCGACGCCUGGGACUACCGCGUGGUGCCCGCCACCAUCUACAUGUAUUUUGCAAACAUCCUGCCGGCCCUGGCCUUCUCGCUCGACAUGUUCACAAAGACCGACAUGCAGUUCGGCGUCAACGAGGUCCUCCUGUCCUCGGUCCUGGGCGCCGUGGCCUUUGCCCUGCUGUCCUGCCAGCCCCUGGUCAUCGUCGGCGUCACGGGGCCCAUCACCGUGUUCAACUACACCGUCUACGACAUCAUGAGCCCCACGGGCACAAACUACCUCGCCUUCAUGUGUUGGAUCGGCAUCUGGUCGCUCGUCCUGCACUGCGUCCUGGCCGUCACCAACUCGUGCAAUUGGCUGCGCUACGUCACGCGCUUCCCCUGCGACGUCUUUGGCUUCUACGUCGCCUGCAUCUACAUCCAAAAGGGCGUCGAGGUGCUGACGCGCCUGGGCGACCGCGAGCCCUUUUACCUCUCCGUCGCCGUCGCCGUGCUCGUCUUUGGCGUCGCCUACCUCUGCGGCCGCCUCGGCGACGGCGCCCUCUUCUCCCACCCGGUCCGCGUCUUCCUCAAGGACUACGGCACCCCGCUGACCGUCAUAUUCUUCGCGGGCUUCGUGCACGUCGGCCGCAUGGCCGCCAUCCCGCUCGAGGUGCUGCCGACGGGCCCGGCCUUUGCGCCGACGACGCUGCGGCCGCGCGGCUGGGUCGUCGACUUUUGGAACCUGGGGCCCGCGCACGUGUUCCUGGCGCUCCCCUUCGCCGUCCUGCUGACGGUGCUGUUCUGGUUCGACCACAACGUCUCGUCCCUCAUCGCCCAGGGCACCGAGUUCCCGCUCCGCAAGCCCGCCGGCUUCCACUGGGACCUGUUCCUGCUCGGCCUGACCACGGGCGUCGCCGGCCUGCUGGGCCUGCCCUUCCCCAACGGCCUCAUACCCCAGGCCCCGUUCCACACCGAGUCGCUCUGCGUCACCGCCCUGGUGCCCGCCGCCGCCGAUGGCGACGAGUCCAGCGGCAACGAGCACCAGCCGCCGCCCGCAACCGCAACCGCAACCGCAACCGACCACCCCCCUCCCGCGAAACCCCGCCGCCACGUCCAGCGCGUGACCCACGUCGUCGAGCAGCGCGUCUCCAACCUGGCCCAGGGCCUGCUCACCCUCGGCACCAUGACGCCGCCGCUGCUGGCGGUGCUGCACCUGGUGCCGCAGGCCGUGCUGGCGGGGCUCUUCUUCGUCAUGGGCGCCCAGGCCCUCGCCGCCAACGGCGUCACGGCCAACCUGGCCUUUCUGUGCCGCGACGCCGCCCUGACGCCGCCCUCGCACCCGCUCCUGCGCCUCCACCCCCGCCGUGGCCGCCGCCCCGCCGCCGUUAUCUGGGCCUUUGUGGCCGUCGAGCUGGUCGCCUUCGCCGCCACCUUUGCCGUGACGCAGACCGUGGCGGCCGUGGCGUUUCCGGUAUUCAUCCUGGCGCUGAUCCCCGUCCGCGCCCUGCUGCUGCCGCGCUGGUUCGAGCCCGCAGAGCUGGCCGUGCUCGACGGCCCGGCCGCGAGCGCGCUGACCAUGGCCAACAUUGGCGGCGUGUACGGGGCGACGGCGGCGGCGGCGGCGGGGCCCGGGGACGGGGUGUUGUUGGAUGCUGUCGCGGGGUCGACGGGCGGUGAUGAUGACGACGUCGAGGACGGGAGGAGGAGGGCAGCGGGGGCCACGUCAUCGGCGGAGCCGGUCGAGAAGACGGCGGUAAGGCAGCGGCCGGCGGGGCACGGGGUUGUUCAGGAGUAGUAGAGAGAGGCGGCGGCGGCGGUCGAUGGUGGCGGCUCGUUCAUAAGCUUCUCGGUGUGCCUUCAUGUUCUGCAUCCGUUGCCAUCUAUUGUUUUUUUCAUACUUUGCUUCGCAUCUCGGCGGGCUCAUGUACAGACAGGCUCCGUGUCGGGCGCUGGGGAUCGGGGCAUUUUGGAGAAUAGAAAUAGUCAAACAACAAAAACACCGACAUCAUUUUUAAUAUUCAUUAUUGUCUAGUAUAUAGUGCCACUCUGGUAGCAAAUAACAGUUGACCCGGAUCUGGAAACACAAGACCGGGCGACCUAGCCACGCUCUCCC